UGGCAAAAGGAAGGGCCCAUCCAUCGCCAGCGUAUCGUGCAGGAGCACAAGCUGCAGCGCAAGCUUGCGAUCGAGCUAUCUACCGAUCCAUCCAUCAAUCAAUCAAUCAAAGGAUCAGCGCCACUCCAAUUGAGGCAUUGGGUGCAUCCAUCGCUGUCGCAUGCAAUCCGUCUUUCUCACUCUCGCUCAAUCUCUCUCAUAAUCUCGCUUGCUCUGUCUGUUGGUUGAUUGCUUGGCAGGUGUGGGGGAAUUGGGAGGGAGAGGGUCGAUGAUGCGGAGCGUCGCUGCGCUGGUGCCAGGCAGAGCGGACGCAGCUGGCACUGCGCAGUAUGCGCACAGAGUCCCCUCCCGCUGUGGAAAUGGUCAUUUUCGAAUUCUUCCCACAAGAACUGAAGGCGCCGGGGAUGUCACGGUAUCGUCCCUGGGAGUAGGAACAUACUUGGGACCUGAAACCGACGCUGCCGACGACGAAUAUGUCGAAGCGAUGACGAAAGCACUGGCCGUCGGCGUAAAUGUACUAGACACUGCAGUGAAUUACCGUAGUACACGGAGUGAGCGAGCAGUUCGGCGUGCUAUCUCUGAAGGUAUCAGGUUGGGGUCUAUUACGAGGGAGCAGGUAAUCGUUUGCACGAAGGGAGGCUACCUUACCUUCGGCAAUGAAAAGCCUGCAGAUCCUCGAAGAUGGGUUCAGGAAACUUAUGUGAAGACUGGUCUGUUCACAUGGUCCGAUUUCGUAGCUGGAUGUCACUGCAUGACCCCAGCAUACCUUAAAAACCAGUUAGAUAGGAGUCGCGAAAAUUUGGGAUUGGAGACUGUUGACGUUUACUACAUCCAUAAUCCGGAGACACAAUUGUCAGCAAUAUCUCGGGAGACGUUCUAUACACGCAUCCGGGAAGCUUUUGGAGCCCUAGAAGAGGCUUGCUCCGAAGGAAAGCUUAGCGUUUAUGGCACUGCCACUUGGAAUGGCUUUCGAGUGGCUCCAGAGAACCGUGGUCAUCUUUCUCUUGAGGAGUUGGUAGCUGCGGCUCGGGAAGUUGGUGGUGAUGAACAUCACUUCCGGGUGGUUCAAUUACCCUACAAUCUACGUAUGCAGGAUGCAGCAACAAUCAACUCACAACUCAUGAAAGGGAAGCGCAUGUCACUCUUGAGUGCUGCCCAACAGCUAGGUGUCUCAGUUGUGGCAUCGGCUUCGCUUAUGCAAGCAAUUCUUUGUAAAGGGCUGGCAGAAGAAACUCGAACCUCAUUCUCAGAGCUUGGAAAGAAUGCAACUGAUGCUCAAUGUGCACUUCAGUUUGUCCGCACAACGCCUGGUAUUCUUACUGCCCUAGCAGGUAUGCGAACCAUGGCUCAUGUGGAGGAAAAUACUGGCAUCCUGAGUUACCCUGCUGUUCCGAUGAGCGGUUCCGUUGCUUGAUAAACUUGCAUCAAUCAAAGUUUUUAAAACUCAAGGAUGUUUCAAGCAGGUUUUCUUUACUAUAGUCAAGCUUAUAGCUUGAUAAGAAUGACAGUAGCAGCGCUCUUGAAUCAAAGAUUGAUUUACUAAUAUAUCUGAAAUGUGAUAAUUUUUACAUAA